CGCUCUGCAAAAAAUUUACCAGGUGUAAAACCUUCAGAUAGGUACUCUCUCUGCAUUUCUCUCUCUUCACGGUGUUCACCACGCACCAAUUGAAUUUCAUCUAAGACUAAAGUUCCUCAUCAUGUUCAUGGAUAUUCACCAGCGGAAGAUGGCCGCCACAACAUUUUAGAAGGGCAGAAAUAUUCAAGCGACGCCUCAACCUCCACCAACUGCGUGUCGGUGCCGAGUGGUUUGAAGGGCAAGAUGUAUCAGCAAAAGCAGUUCUUCAAGAAAACGCGUGGAGGCAAGAUCCUGAAAGUUCACCGUGAGCACUACCUACGGGACGACAUUGUGUGUGGCUCGCUCGCGUGCACUACCUGCGCCCAUGGGGACAGCACGGUCCUCAGCUCGGAGGCGGCUCAGUAUCUGCUGAUAGAUACAAAUGUCGCCCUGCAUCAGAUGGACCUCCUGGAGAACGCGGCCAUCGCUGACGUCAUCGUCCCGGAGGUGGUGCUGAGCGAGGUGCAGGCGCGGAACAAGGCGAUCCACGGGCGCCUCCGCUUGCUGGUGGCCGACAAGAGCCGGCGCUUUUUUGUCUUCUCAAACGAGCACCACAAAGACACAUUCGUCAAAACGGAGAAGGGGGAGAUUGUCAAUGACCGCAACGAUCGCGCCAUUCGCAGAGCAACCACGUGGUAUCAGUCCCACCUGGCCGGGAAGACGCCCGACGUCCUCCUGCUGACGAACGAUGCGGACAACGCGCGCAGAGCGCGCGACGAGGGGGCCGCCGCGCAAACGGUGUAUGCAUACGUCCAAUCCCGUACGGAUAAACCGGAGCUUUUAGACUUUGUUGCGAGGACGGGGGACACAGGCGGGGAGGCGGCGGGGCCGUCGGCGGAGGGGGACGCAGGGCCGCAGGCAAAGAGGAGGAUGCUCUAUGCGGAGCACAAGGGCAUGGCGGAGCUGACGGCGGGCCUGCAGAAGGGGCUGUUCCACCAAGGCAAGCUGCGCGUCAACCGCUUCAACUGCUUCGAGGCGUACGUCGGUAGCCAGAGCGUGGGGAAGGAGAUCCUCAUCCAGGGCCGCGAGGAUCUGAACCGGGCGGUCGACGGGGACGUCGUGGCCGUGGAGCUGCUGCCCCCCGAGCAGUGGAAGGGCCCCGAGGGCGGCAUCUUCCGGGAGCACGACGAGGAGGAGGAAGGCGUAGCGGAAAACGCGGAGGAGGGCGCGGGACUGGCUCCGGAGAUUGCGGAAGACGCCCCCGGGGCAGCGCUGGAGAAUCUGGACAUUGGGAAGGAGGGGGGGAGGGUGCCGACCGGGAGGGUAGUUGGGAUCAUCAAGCGGAACUGGCGAAACUAUGCGGGCUCCCUAGAGCCGAUGAAAGGCCCCGGAGGCUCCGGCGCUAUGGCGCACCCGUUGUUCGUGAGCGUCGACCGGCGGGUGCCCAAAAUCCGCAUCCAGACGCGCCAGCUGGCAAACUUGGCGGACAAGCGAAUCAUAGUGGCAAUCGACAAGUGGGACCGGACGUCACGAUAUCCGGAGGGGCACUACAUCAAGACGCUGGGGGAUAUUGGGGACCGGGCGACGGAAAGCGAGCUGCUGCUGAUGGAGAACGACAUCAACACGCGGCCUUUCAGUCAGGCGGUUCUGAACUGCCUGCCCCCCCUCCCCUGGUCCGUCUCGGACGCUGACGUGGCCAAGCCCUGGCGCGCGGACUUGCGCAAUCUGCGCGUCUGCAGCGUCGACCCCAUCGGCUGCCGCGACAUCGACGACGCCCUGCAUUGCACCGCCCUCCCCAACGGCAACUUCGAGAUUGGAGUCCACAUCGCUGACGUCACCAACUUCGUGCACCCCGAGACCCCGCUGGACCUGGAGGCAGCGGACCGCGGCACGUCGGUCUACCUCGUGGAGCGGCGGAUCGAUAUGCUGCCCAAGCCGCUCACCGAAGACAUUUGUUCGUUGCGAGCCGACGUCGACCGACUUGCCUUCUCCGUCAUUUGGGAGAUGACCCCCUCCGCUGACAUCGUCAAGAGCCACUACACGAAAAGCAUCAUCCGCUCCUCUGCGGCGCUCUCGUAUCCGGAAGCCCAGGCCAGGAUGGAUGACCCGCACAUGUCGGACCCCUUGACGGAGGACCUGAGGAACCUUAACCGCCUAGCCAAGAUCAUGCGCCAACGGCGGACGGAGCGUGGCGCGCUGACCCUGGCGUCCCCGGAAGUAAAGUUUGAGAUCGACACGGAGACGCACAACCCGCUGGAUGUCGGCAUGUACCAGAUCCGAGAAGCCAACCAGAUGAUUGAGGAGUACAUGCUUCUCGCCAACGUGUCGGUUGCCGAGAAGAUCCUCAAGCACUUCCCUAGCUGCUCGCUCCUAAGGCGUCACCCUGUGCCGACGCCCCAGAUGUUUGAGCCGCUUCUCCGCACCGCCGCCGCUGUGGGGAUUGAGCUCGACGUCGGGAGCUCCAAGGCGCUGGCGGAUUCCUUGGACAGGGCGCAGGGCUCCGACCCGUACUUCAACAAGCUCAUCCGCAUCCUGGCCACCCGCUGCAUGACCCAGGCGGUUUACUUCUGCAGCGGCGAACUCUCGCCGCCCGAGUACCACCACUACGGCCUGGCCUCCCCUCUCUAUACGCACUUUACGUCGCCCAUCCGAAGAUAUGCUGAUGUUGUCGUCCACCGGCUGCUUGCGGCCGCGCUGAAUUUGACGCCCCUGCCGGAACGGACGCGGGACAAGAAGUCCAUGCACGACCUGUCCGACGGCCUCAACUACCGGCAUCGGAACGCGCAGAUGGCGGGCCGCGCCUCGGUGGAGCUGCACACGCUUAUCUUCUUCAAGGACAGGGCCGUAGAUGCUGAGGCGAGGAUCGUCAAGGUCCGCUCGAACGGCUUCAUCGUCUUUGUUCCCAAGUAUGGCAUAGAAGGCCCCGUCUAUCUGACCAAGAAGCCGGACAAGGGCGCCGGUCCCGACCCGAACGACGACUUCGUCGUGGAUGAGGAGCAUCAAACGAUCACUUCGAAAGACAAACGGCAAACGUACAAGGUGCUCGAUACCGUGACGGUCCACAUAGAGGUGCAAGAGCCGCAGCCACACCGGCCCAAGCUCAUUCUGACGCUGGCGUCCGAUUCCAAAGAACAAGACGGGUUUGCUUAGACUUUCUUGAGAUGGUCAGGAAGCUUGGUGCUUGGGCAGUCGGGAAAUGUGACUCAUGUAAUCAUGAUAUGCAUGCGGUCAGGUCCUUACAUCGCACGCUUUUCUUAAUCCCUCAGUUACGUUAUCAAGGGAGAGAUUCCGAUGUUCUGUUGGGGCUCCAGUACAUUACAAAUAUCGGGG